AUGGAGCUCAAAGAUGAAGAGUUUACAGGGGAAAGUAACACUGAGAAGGGGAUAUUAGGCCUUGAGGAAUGUAUACCUAGCCUUAAAAUUAUUCAUGUUGCUGGAACAAAGGGAAAGGGUUCAACAUGUGCAUUCUGUGAGGCCAUUCUACGGGAAUGUGGUUUUCGAACUGGACUCUUCACUUCCCCGCACCUAAUUGAUGUGAGAGAAAGGUUUCGUAUAGAUGGGUUGGAUAUUUCAGAAGAUAAAUUUCUGCAGUACUUCUGGGAUUGUUGGAACCAGCUAAAGGAAAAUGUUACAGAGGACUUGCCAAUGCCUCCAUUGUUUCAAUUCCUUACUGUAUUGGCUUUUAAAAUUUUUGUAUGUGAAAAGGUUGAUGUUGCAAUUAUUGAAGUUGGCCUUGGGGGGACACUGGACUCAACUAAUGUGAUCAAAGAACCUAUUGUUUGUGGCAUCACUUCUUUAGGGAUGGAUCAUAUGGAAUCAUUGGGAAAUACCCUUGGAGAAAUUGCAUCACACAAGGCUGGAAUUUUUAAGCCUCAAAUCCCAGCAUUCACCGUACCCCAACUCUCAGAAGCAAUGGAUGUUCUUCAAGGAAGGGCAUCUGAAUUGAUGGUUCCCUUGGAAGUUGUGCCUCCACUUGACCCUAAACGAUGGGACAGAAUAAAACUUAGCUUGUCUGGUGAUCAUCAGUUCAUAAAUGCUAGCCUUGCUGUUGCUCUUUGCAAAUGUUGGCUUCAGAGUACAGGAAACUGGGAGAAGGUUKUCUCCAAUGAAACAGACAUGCCGGCAGCAUUUCUAAGAGGACUUUCAACUGCACGUCUAUCUGGACGAGCUCAAAUCAUACAUGAUACUUUGGUGAUACCCAACACAUCACCAGUGGUGAAAGAAAAUUCUUCUGGAGAUCUGAUCUUUUAUUUGGAUGGAGCUCAUAGCCCUGAAAGUAUGGAAGUUUGUGCGAGAUGGUUCUCCAGUGCUGUGAAAGAGGACAAGAUAUCUCCUUUURAGGAGCAAAUAGUUGAGCGUUUGUGGAGAAAUGAUGAUGCUCGCCAUGGAAAGGAGAACAUUAGAGGAACCAGUAAAAUCGCAAAACAGAUCCUUUUGUUCAAUUGCAUGGAUGUGAGAGAUCCACAAGCUCUGCUUCCUCGACUUGUCAAUACAUGUGCUUCCUCUGGUGUUCAUUUUUCAAAAGCCCUUUUUGUUCCAAGUAUGUCAACAUAUAACAAGGUUACAUCUGCAGCUUCAAUCAUACCUUCAGAUUUUUCUAACAAGGACUUGACUUGGCAGUUCACCCUCCAGAGAACUUGGGAGAAGAUUAUGCAUGGGAAAGAUUCUGGAUUGGGUGAAAACUCCAAGAUAGAUAACCCAGAGGCCUUGCCACUAGAUGGAUUCCUUUCUGGAGAUUAUUCUAAGAAAUGCAAUCCUGCAGAUAAGCAAUUUACUUUCAGUACAGUGAUUCCUUCAUUACCAUUGACAAUAAAAUGGUUAAGGGACUCUGUCAAGGAAAACCCUUCCAUCAGAAUUCAGGUCCUUGUUACAGGAUCCCUUCACUUAAUAGGAGAUGUAAUGAAGCUUUUGAGGAGGUGAUCAUAGUUAAAAGGAGACUURAAAUUAGUCUCCUCGRCAAAUUCCAAUUUACAACAUGGUUUAAAGCAUCAUCCUAGCUUCAUUCGGAACAAAUAAAUAUUUUAUAGUUUUMACAUUUUUUGUAUGUAAUUUAAUGAUGUUGUAUCAUUAGAACACAAUUAAACCACAGUUUUCAUCUUAUCCCCAUGUCGCUCAUCAAUUUAGUAUUUGGGAAUUGAUUGAAUAAAUUGUGGACAUAUUGCAGUAGUUGCACUUAACAUGGUUCUGAAUCA